AUGACCAAAGGUACCACCUCCCGCGGUACUCGCAAUGAUAAGACCCAUAUCAUCUCCCGAAUCACCGGUCGACGAGCCUACCAUCUCCAGAAGAAGCGAGACUCUCGACGAGGCCGAUUCAACUGGUCCACCAAGGCCAAGAGACGAACUGCUCCCGGAACCGGUCGAGCAAAGCACCUGAAGGAUGUCAACCGACGAUUCCACAACGGAUUCCGAGAGGGACAGACCGCCAAGAAAGUCUCCAAGUAA